AUGGGAAAACAAGAAUGGGGUUUCAAGGAAAACCAUGAAGUGCAAGCAGCUGCAGCUAUCACCAUGAAGAACAUUCUUGAAGCCAUCAUAUCCCAAACCGAUGACACAAUAUUGGCUACGAAGCCCUUAAUUCAUCUCGGACAUGGUGACCCGUCGGUUUAUCCUUGCUUCCGAACUUCUAACGUAGUUGAAGAUGCACUGGUUGAAUCCCUUCAAUCCACUAAGUUCAAUUGUUAUGCUCCUAAUCUCGGAAUCAAUCCUGCCAGAAGGGCGAUCGCAGAUUAUUUGUCUAGAGACAUUCCCUACAAGUUAACAACGGAUGAUAUUUUCGUCACUGUUGGAGCAGAACACGCUAUUCAUGUGUUACUGACAGUUCUAGCUUGCCCGGGUGCAAAUAUACUGCUUCCCAAACCUAAUUAUCCAACGUAUGAAGCUCGAGCCAGACAUAGUCUACUUGAGGUCCGUCACUUUGGUCUCCUCCCGGAGAAAGGUUGGGAAGUUGAUCUUGAUGUUGUCAAAGAACUCGCGGAUGAUAAAACCGUAGCUAUCGUUCUCAUCAACCCGGGAAAUCCUUGUGGAAAUGUUUACACAUUUGAGCACUUGCAAAAGAUUGCGGAAACAGCAAGACAUCUUGGGAUUAUGGUGAUUGCAGAUGAAGUUUAUGCGCAUCAAGUAUUUGGAAACAAACCAUUUAUCCCCAUGGGGGUAUUUGGAGAUAUAGUACCAGUUGUGACACUCGGGACAUUAUCUAAACGAUGGAUCGUUCCUGGUUGGCGUUUCGGUUGGAUAGCAAUAACUGAUCCUAAUGGAAUUCUGUACAAAACUGGGAUUGUUGAUUCCAUAAAGGAUUGUCUAGUAAUAACCGCAGAACCAGCCACUGUCAUUCAGGGGGCGGUUCUUAGAAUCAUGGAAAACACUCCAGACUCAUUCUUCUCAAAAAUCAAUAACUUUCUAAAGGACGCAGCCGAUAUGGUUUAUGAGAGGCUUAAGGAGAUACCAGUUGUUACAUGCCCACACAAACCCGAGGGAUCAAUGUUUCUCAUGGUGAAGUUAAACCUAUCAGGUUUUGAUGAUAUAGUUGAUGAUGUAGACUUUUGUAUGAAGUUGGCUAAAGAGGAUUCCAUGAUCCUUCUUCCAGGGGAUGCGGUUGGUCUAAAGAAUUGGGUAAGAAUGAGUUUCGCAGCAGAAAGUAAUGUACUUGAAGAUGCAAUUGGGAGGAUCAAGGCAUUUUGCUUCAGACAUGCAAAGCAUGAUUAG